AGGAGGGACUGGACGACAACGUCAGAGGACCAUGAACUGCAAGGUGGUGCUCCAAAGGUGUGGCAAAGAAAGAGACACUCUCCCAUAAAAGCAGGGCUGCACUCUGGAUGGUGGAAGACUAUUGCUAACUGCAAGGUGCAACCGUGUGGUGGAAGAACCUGAACUACACUUACAUCAGAUAGGACAUGGUGCUUUGGAUUAUCUUCCCCAUCUCCCUCUCCCUGGUGUCCUUCAUUGGAACAUGGACUGUAUAUGGCCUGGCUUUCACCAACAACCAUGUGUGCUCUCUCACUGACUGGGGGAGUGACAACUACUGCAAAGGGAAUCAGUCCACUGGAUGUUGCCUUGUUCCCACUAUAAGCUCAAGUGGAACUAGUGCACCAGAAAAUUCACUUUUUACAGCCACAAUCAAUGCGGGAUCCUUUCUGUUUCUGCUGUUCAGUAUAUUCCACCAUGCCCAUGUUAUGGAGAGACACACAUGUCAUUCCAUGCUGAGCAGGUUUGCACUGGUCUUUGGUGUGGUGGCAGCCUUGGGGGCAUUCACAGCUGGCAACUGUAAUCCAGGUUACCUGGCACUCCUUCACUACCUCGGAGCUGCCAUCAGUUUCAUGUGCAUCUGCUUCUACACUGUCCUGCUCACUGCACUGACUGGGAAGUGUUCGCUGACAGGAUAUGAGAAGAUUCUCUACCCGUUACGCAUCGCCUCCACUGUGGUUCAAACAAUUGUCACCAUCUGCUAUACUGUUUUGUUCGCCCAGGACGAGUACUUUUAUGUCCACUUGUCGGCUAUAUUUGAGUGGAUGCUCAGCAUUAACCUGGAGCUGUUUGAGCUCAGCUUCGCCGUGGAGUUUUGCUUCUUCUCAUCCUUCAUGCUUUCAAAUCUGUUGAGCAAACGUGAGGAAGAAAAGCCUUUAAUGAUGACGAUGUCCUGAUAUAAGGCUGCUAGGGUCCAGCUGAAGCACAGAAGCAGUGAGGAUGGACUGAGUAAGACAUCUGUGGCUGGACCGGAGGACCAAGUUUUUUUUCCAUCACUGCUGGGAUGGUUUUAUAGCCAUUUAUGGAUUAUGACCACUUUUAUUCCACUGUCUUGAUACUGCUGCCUAAAAUUAUAUGAUUUUCUUUACUAGGCAUUUUUCUUCCCCAUUCCUUACUGUAUUUCUUAUUCCUUAUUUAUUGAAAAACAUUCUUGUGCAGCAAAUGAACAAAACAUAUCAGCUGUAUACUUAUGCUUUAACAGAACAAUUAACCCGUUUCAUACUCAUUUAUGUUAAUAAUUUUGUGUGCAAAUACUUACAUGUUAAUAGGCUACACUAACAAGGAUUUUAGCUUCAUAUUGAGGUUCUUUGAGCACUUGCACUUAAUAAAAAAUGGCCACUGUACUCAGUGAAAAGUCCUGUUAUUCUGCUGAUACAGCUUUUACUUUAUAGCUCUACCAGAUGUUGGAGUACACCCACUCAGAUUAGUCCCUGUGACAUCACAAGAUCCUGUUUGACUGGAUGACUGAGUGUCAGAAAAUAACCGUACAAGGACAACAGCAUACUAUUCAACAGGUUACUGAUCUAGAAGCAUUGAGUACAGUGUUAUGUACAGUCAUGUACAGUGAUUGUCUGUAAGCUUUCCAUUACGUUUUUAGGUGUGGUCAAUGCGGGCGAGUCAGCAGACAGCAACUUAAAAGCCCUGAGAAAGUAUUUUCUGUUUCUCGAGCAAUGUGAAUACAACAAGUGCUUUGAAUUACAUCUCUUGUAUCAAAAGUGCUCUAUAAAUAAAAGGUUACUGGUA